AUGAAUGUGAAGAAGCAGUUGUUGUCCUUAUUCUGUUUUCUUCUGCCUUCUGUGGGACUUGUGUUGAUGUGUACCGGGAUCUACCUGGUGUCCCAGGAGAACGUACAUGAGGACGCUCUGAGGGUCAUUUUUGUCUAUAUCAUGAUUGGCUGUGGCCUCCUGGCUAUGGUCAUUGGGGUCUGCUGGGGCUUCUGCUCAGGCAUAAAGACCAAGAGAAUUGGACGUGAGCGACACAUCCAGGUCUUCACUAUUGAAAGCCCGAGCUCUUUUCCUCCUUCAUAUGAAGAGUCCCAAGAAAGUCAAGUCUGCCCUGAUGUGUCUCCUGAGUUUAUGGUCAUAGUCGAUAGCACGGACAUGCUGAUGAGCCUGGCUCCUCCGUUGUACAUCCAGGACAGCUCAGAGGCCCCAGACUGCAGGUUUAGCUGGGAGCAACCUCCACCAUACAGUGAAGUUGAAAGUAUUCAGCAGGGACAUAUGGAUGCAGAGGAGCUGAGGGAGCGCUUGUCUGGACACUGA